AGAGAGCGGGGGGGGGGGGGGGGGGAUGAGAGAGAGAUGCCGCCAGCGACUUUGUUGUCGUAAAAGCAAGACCGAAAAAAGACCGGUCGUGGGGCGGAGCAGCUAGGCCACCGAAGUCCGUUGGUGCAGUCGGCCAAAGACGUGCUGCUGCUUGUUGCGCGCUGUGCUUCCCUGACUUGUUCGGACACGUUUCUGUUGUGCUGCUUCGCGCGCCGGUGACGACGCGACGAUCAGGUGGUGGGAAAGCACACGAGGUGGCGCGGACACCGGCGGGGAGAGAGAGAGAGGUCGCGUACUGGACGAAGUUCUGCGAGGAACCUGUGCUGCCUGUGCUUCGGUUGCUGAGGUGCUACCGGGAGAAGAGGGUCUGACAUUCCUGCAAGGAGGGACCACAACGUUCGGCCAACCGGCGCAUUCGAUCGCCUCGCGAGCGGCCUUGGCAGUUUCUCGCCAGCCAGCGGCGUUGGGAGAUUUGUGACGCCCUGACGACCAGACGGCAGACAUGGCCGCCACGACUGUUCCCCGAUGCCCGGCGGACCACAGGCUCAAAGGCGGACUCUACACUUGUGCCGCGGAGCCAUCUGAGGCAGAGUCCGGCUUGGCCCCCGAGCUUCCCCUCAAGGUCAUCUUGGUGGGAGACUCAAGAUGCGGCAAGACUGCUCUAGCCACCCGAUUUGUCACCGACGCCUUCACGGAGGUGUACACGCCGACCGGCUUCGACCGUUAUUCGACCAACAUCGAAGUGGCCGGACAGCGGAUACACUACUCUGUCUGGGACACCUCGGGGUCUCCGGCGUAUGACACAGUGCGCCCUCUGUCGUACCAAGAUGCGAGCGUGGUCCUGCUAUGUUUCCACGUCGGCUGGCCCGAGUCCCUCCACAAUGUCCAACACAAGUGGUUCCCCGAGGUUCGACAGCACUGUCCCGGAGCGGCCCUGGUGCUUGUGGGCUGCCAGAGCGACGCCCGACAGGUCCAGAGGCAGCAACAUGGCGCUGACCGCUGCGUGAGCGCCGAAGAAGCCUUGGCUUCUGCACGACAGCUCGGCGUCACUGCUUACGUAGAGACCAGCGCAAGAUACGCGCCCCGCAGCGUCCGGGAUGCCUGGAAGGCGGCAGCGCAGGCGGCCCUUGGUGAAACUGCGGCUCCAGAAGGCGCCAGAGACACGUCUACAAUGCGUCACAGGACUUGUAGCAUCAUGUGAUCACGGAUGUGCCAUAAAGCGACAAAAGGCUUCUGACCACUGAUGAUGAUGACGUGUGGCACUGGCGAGGCAGCUGGUGGACGUCGGCCUCUAGCGUCCAAGAGUGCCAACAACUGUGACCGUCGCCCUGUGUCUAGGGUCUUUGGGGCACCUGUCUGCGCUUCUGGGACCUCGGAUGGUACCGCCCUUUUCGCCGUGACUCUACCUGUGAGCAGUUACUUUGGGGCCGCGGAUGAUUCCGUCCUAUGACUUCAGAGUUUAGAAUCACAGUGUCACAACCGGCGAUUUCUGUUGUCGCUUUCGCACCUUGCGGUUGAACGGGUCUUCUACGCCAUUCAAGCACUAGUCGAACUGCACAAACCUGUGGUGCGUGUGCUUUUUUUGCCCCGUGCCUUAAAGGGAUCCUCCAGAACUUCUACAAUGUUGUGCCUCGGGAAAACGAUGUCGCUGUAAAGACGGAUGAAGGAUCUUGUCGAGCAAUCGACAUCCCACCUUCGUCAGCGUUUUCCAUCUUGUCGACGUUAUUUUGACGUGGAAUUUUUUACAUGGACGGUUUAUAAGCGUUGAUGCUCAUUACCGCUGCUGAGAAUGGUCAUCGAGACAAGGAAAUCCUGCUAUAGCUAUGGUUAGAUUCGUGCCUCCCGAUGUCCUCCUGGUGUUGAAAUCACCACUGCUUUGUGGGAGAAGCUUCGUAUGACUAUCAAGGUGUAAAUAGACUCGUUUUAUAUAUGGUUUUAAAUGCGUGUGUAGACGUUAAUAAAAUCUGUUUGUUGUCUUUA